AUGGAGCCCCCAGACGAGGCUGAUUGUUGCAAUUCGGGUUGCAAUCCGUGCAUUUUGGACGUGUACGAGGCCCAGUUGAGGAAAUACCAAAAACUAGGGCGAGAAAAAAGUGGCGCUGUCAAUGCACUUAACCCCACUUCUUACACAGUUUUUGUGCUAACUGGACGGAAAAAAAUCAACGAAAGUGUGUUUUUUUACACGUUUAAAUACGCCGAUUGUAGGGAGAGACAACCGAAUUGUUUGGACUACAAGCCGGGACAGUAUUUCUUGUUAAGGGGGCGGGACCCCCAAGGUGAAUUCACAAGGGCCUACACCCCCAUUCCGGUGCCCCAAAAUGCAAGUUUGGAGUUUACGGUCCUGGUCAGGUUAUACGACACGGGACGGAUGUCCCAACUGUUCAAAACAAUGCAAGUGGGGGGCGAAACGUCCUGGCGGGGGCCUUACGGCGAGUUUGCCCCCGAUUAUGCGCACAAGUUUUUGGUUUUUAUCGCUCAGGGGACCGGAAUAGCCCCCUUAUACGCCCUAAUCCGUGAUAUUGUUGUGCACAAUGAAGAGUGUGAAAGUUUUGUUAAAUUAUUUUUUUGUGUCCGGAAUUGUGACGAUAUUUUACUGAGGGACGAAUUAUAUGAGUUGGGGUCGUUUUGGAAUUUUAAUUACGAGGUUUUUUGCAAUAACUGUGAUCAAAACGUGGCAAAGUACCACGAGACUAUUCAUAAUAAAAAAAUGUCUUUCUGUGAUUUAGAAAAUUACGUCCAAGGAAAGUUGGGUCAAGUUCAAGUCAUGAUAAGCGGGAGUGAAACAUUUGGGCGGGAAAUUAAAGAAAUAAUAGACCGGUUAGGAAUUGAAAGCAGUCAUGUUUACGUGUUUUAACCUAGGUUUAAUACAUUUAUAAUUAAAGAAAACGUUAAGUAAAACUUAAAGUAA